GAGCUGUAGAGGUGGUGAAGCUCGAGAUGCAUCUACAGCGGCGUGCCUUCAUCUAUUUCCAUCACAUAUGGAGGAAACAAACCAACAGACCAUCUCCUCAUGUCCUCCUGUCCUCCCACCCUGACUACAAUCCUCUGGUUUCACCUCAGACGUCCUCACCGUCACCUCCAGUCCUCCUCUCUUUUGUUCCCCUUACUGCUCGUUCACCCCGUCCUCUCCAUGACCCACUUCUAAGGUUCCUCGUGGUCCUUCUCACCUCCCUGUGUUUAAUACCUCACCAAGCACAUGCAGCCUGGUUUCGGAUUGGGGUGGUGGGACCGUGGGGGUGUGACCCCAUCUUCGGUAAAGCCCUUCCAUACGUUGCAGCGCAACUCGCCGUCAACCGCAUCAACAGAGACCCCUCGCUGACGUACGGAGCGACGUUUGACUACGCUGUGCUGCAGGAACCGUGUGAGACAUCCAGGGGUCUGGAGGCUUUUGUGGGUUUCCACACCAAAGCUUCUGGUUACAUUGGACCUACCAACCCUGGAUACUGUGAUGCUGCUUCAAUGCUGACUAAAGGCUGGAACAAAGCAAUAUUUCCAUGGGCUUGUGUAGGCUACGAGUUGGACAAUGUUCGAAACCAUCCAACCUUUGCCCUAUCGAUGGCGAGGCCCACCCAGGUGCUAAACAGAGUCAUGAGCUACUUCAGGUGGGCUCACAUUGCCAUCAUCUCUUCCUCAGAGGACAUCUGGGUGGAAACAGCAGCUAAGGUGGCUGACUCCUUGAGGAGCCAUGGCUUUCCAGUCAGACUGGUCAGUUUUAUGGAAAACACACCUCAUGGAAUUAGACGAACUCUGGCCAAGGUCCGCAAGAUGAGAGAAAUACGUGCUGUGAUCCUCUGCAUGCACUCGGCACUGCUUGGUGGCUCAGCCCAAAAACUUCUCCUGGAAACGGCCUACGACAUGCAAAUGAUUGACGGCUCCUUGGUGUUUGUGUCCUAUGACACUCUGCUCUACAGUCUGCCCUACCGCAAUGUGACCUACCCAGCACUGAAGAGCAACAGCAAACUCGUGCGGGCCUACGAUGCUGUGUUGACCAUCACUAUCGACUCCCCCAAAGUGUCAUUCUAUGAUGCCUACAGAGAGGCUAUGGAGAGAGGAGAGGUGGUGAGAACCCUGAAACCUCAGCAGGUGUCUCCUCUGUUUGGUACCAUCUACAACUCUAUUCUGUUCAUGGCUCAUACAGUGCAUCGAGUCCGAAAGUCAGGAGAGUGGAUGUCUGGAGGAAACCUUGCACAAAGUACACGUAACCUGGACUUCCAGGGCUUUAGCCACUCCAUCAGAACCAGUAGCUCUGGAGAGGUUCAGCUCGACUACCUCAUAUUGGACACAAAUGGGUUGUCCUUGCAUCUGAUGCCAACAUACAGGAUUGACAUGGAGACUGGGAUGAUCCGCUUCUUGGGUAAAGACAUUCACUUCCCACAAGGCUAUGGGCCCAGGAGGGAUGCAGCCUGCUGGUUUACACCUGGAGUCAUCUGCUCAGGGGGAGUGGAUCUGUUUUUGACCUUCAGCACGUUCAUCGGCUUGGUGGCUGCUUCUGUCGUUAUUAUGGCUCUCUUGUACUUCAUCCGGCGUCGGAUCAUUCAAAUUCGAAUGGUCAGAGGCCCCAACAAGAUCCUGCUGACUCUUGACGAUGUCACUUUUAUCAACCCGUCACUAAGCAACAAGAAGCUGAGUCUGGAUGACAGCAGGGCCAGCGCUGCCAGGAGCACGUCUGAACGCAGCUUUAACACGUCACUCUCCUCUCAGUCCCCGGCCACUUACGAAAACUCUAAUGUUGUCGUUUUUGAGGGGGACUGGGCUUGGCUGAAGAGACUUCCUGAUGGAAACUUUGGCAGCAUCAACUCCAAAACCAGUGAUGUCUUCGAACUGAUGAACGACAUGCGGAAUGACAACGUCAACCCUUUCCUGGGCUUUUUUCAUGACUGUGGCGUGUUCGCAAUUGUGACUGAGUUCUGCUCCAGAGGCAGCCUGGAGGACCUUCUGCUGAACGAAGACGUCAAACUGGACUGGAUGUUCAAGUCGUCUCUGCUGUUGGAUCUGAUAAAGGGUAUGAAGUAUCUUCAUCAUCGUGGAGUGUGUCACACUCGUCUAAAGUCUCGAAACUGCGUAGUGGACGGGCGUUUUGUCCUUAAGGUUACAGACUAUGGCUAUAACGAGGUCCUGGAGUCCCAGAGGUUCCCCAUAGGUGAAGCACGUCCUGAUGAGCUGUUGUGGACAGCUCCAGAGAUCCUGAGGAGUGGGCAGCCAGGUCUCUACGGGACUCCCCCUGGUGACGUUUACGGCUUUUCCAUCAUCAUGCAAGAGGUUGUGAUCAGAGGACCUCCAUUCUGCAUGUUAGACCUAUCUGAUACAGAGAUAAUAGAGAAGCUGCAAAGGCCUCCUCCUUUGUGUCGUCCAGUGGUUAGUCCAGAUUUCGCUCCGAUGGAGUGCAUUCAGCUGAUGAAGCAGUGCUGGAAUGAACAGCCAGAUAAGAGGCCCACAUUUGAUGAAAUCUUUGAUGAGUUUAAGAAUAUUAACAAAGGAAAGAAGACCAACAUCAUAGACUCCAUGCUGAGGAUGCUGGAGCAGUACUCUUCUAACCUGGAGGAGCUGAUCCGUGAGCGAACCGAGGAACUGGAAAUUGAAAAACAGAAAACAGAAAAGCUUUUAACACAGAUGUUGCCUCCGUGCGUUGCAGAAGCUUUGAUGGUUGGUGGGACCGUGACGCCCGAAUAUUUUGACAACGUGUCACUCUAUUUCAGCGACAUUGUUGGCUUCACUACCAUCUCAGCCAACAGCGAACCCAUUGAGGUAGUUGACCUCCUCAACGACCUCUACACACUUUUUGAUGCCAUUAUAGGAAACCAUGAUGUGUACAAGGUGGAGACAAUAGGCGAUGCCUACAUGGUGGCAUCAGGUGUCCCUGUCCCCAACGACAACCGCCACACUGCAGAAAUUGCCAACAUGUCUCUUGACAUUCUCAGUGCUGUGGGAACCUUUAAAAUGAGACACAUGCCUGAUGUUCCUGUUAGGAUACGUAUUGGACUCCACACAGGUCCAUGUGUAGCAGGCGUGGUGGGUCUCACGAUGCCACGCUACUGUUUGUUUGGAGACACAGUGACCACUGCCUCUCGCAUGGAGUCCAGUGGGAUGCCCUACAGGAUCCAUGUUCACCAGAGUACAGUAAAGGUCCUGAGGGAACUCAAUCUUGGCUACAAGCUGGAGCUGAGAAGCCGCACAGAAGUCAAGGGAAAAGGAAUAGAAGAGACAUACUGGCUUGUAGGGAAAGAUGGAUUUACCAAACCUCUGCCUGUUCCUCCAGAAGUCAAGUCAGGCAUGAUGCUGCAUCCAACAAGAGACCUGAGGCGGGUGUUUCAUAAAGCCGUGAAGAAGAUCGCUCACGUACGAGUUGUGACUCAGCUCUACGUUCCCGAAGACGACCACAACGUCCUGCUAACGCACCACUAA